GGGUCGGCGGAUCAUGAUGGCGGCCACCGUGGACAAAACAGCCGGCAUGAGUAAAAUGCUGCAAUUCAUGAAACUCGUUGGGCAACUCAAAAGGGUGCCGCGAACCGGCUGGGUGUACAGGAGUGUGAAGCAGCCGGAGAGCGUAUCGGACCACAUGUACCGCAUGGCCAUAAUGUCUCUGACCAUCACUGACCCCACGGUGGACAGGGACAGGUGCAUAAAGCUGGCUUUAAUUCACGACAUGGCAGAGUGCAUUGUGGGAGACAUCACUCCCUCAGAUAACAUCAGCAAAGCGGAGAAGCACAGGAGAGAAGAGGAAGCGAUGAAGCAUCUAACAAGUCUUCUGCCACAGGGGCUCAAACAGGAGAUUUAUGCACUGUGGGAAGAAUAUGAAAAUCAGAGCAGUGCAGAGGCCCGGCUGGUGAAACAGUUCGACCAGCUGGAGAUGAUCCUGCAGGCACAUGAGUAUGAAGAGCUGGAGGGAACACCUGGAAGACUGCAGGAGUUCUUCGACUCCACCACGGGUCGUUUCCAGCAUCCGGACGUUCUCCAGCUGGUCAGUUCUUUGAAUGAAGAGCGAGAAUGUCACAUGACCAACGCUGAUGACACAAGGCAGUCUGGGAAACCAGAGACUGCUGAUGGGGCAUCUGAACAAGACCACACAACUUCACGCACUUCCUGACUGUAACGCACACACAGUGAGCGUUACAGUGAACUUCUCAGGGGGCUGACGGAGAUGCUGGAUUCAAGUUAACUGCUUAUUAUUUUAACAUUUCUAGGUCUUACAUUUGUGAGCUUGUUUUUUUGGUUACAUCAUAUCGCACAUCUUAUGUUGUUGUUUACGGUUUAUUAUUUCAAGGCACAGCGGCUCUGUUUUAAGCUCCGCUCACCAGACGAGCACAUGCACGCCCUUCAAAUGAAUUCACAAGAUUUGAACCCGUCUCACAGGGGGAAAAUGAAAUUAAGUAUAAAAAAAAAACCUGGAGUUAGAGGGUGUGGCUGCUGCACAUCUGCUCAGGCACUGACAUAAACCUCCCUCCCAUGUUAGUAGCAUUUUUAUAGUGCAACCUGUCCAAGAAGUGUCCUGCUAGCAUUAUAAAGUAGCAGUCCAGCCCUCGGUUCAAACGUGCUCACCCUUGGCUCCAAAGAGCAAACAUGACAGCUGCCAAAACGGCAGCACGGAGGUUUCAAAAACCAAAGGUCGAUGUCAUUGUGGUGAGAUUUCUCACCUGUCCUGGUCUGAUUAGACCUGUGAUUGGCCGAAGUCUCUGGUCAGGGGUUAGACUUAAAUGUGAAGUCUGCCAAAUGAGCCCAGAGGAGACGGAUUAAUCUGGUUCCCUCCCGCUGAAAGGUUGUUGCAGAUCUUUGUUUGCAGAUCAGUGACACCAAAAAAUAUGGCAAAGUCCAGCUUUAAUGCAGAGCUAAAUUAUCAGACAUUUUUACAUCAAAUAACAUCUGGCUCGUGUAGUGCUCUCAGUAUUUGAUGAAAGUGCUGCUGCACCACCAGCUGUACAUUCAGCUUCAGCGCAUUUU